UGGAGGUACCUUACCCUGCUCCAUCACUAGAAAAGCCGGAGAGCAUAACGCCACCGCGUCACUUUGAGGGCGGACAUCGGCCUGUCCUCAUCUUCCUCCUCUCCUCCUCCUCACUGCAUGCGCGCUCUCUCACAUUCGGGUCUCCAUCAGUCUUCAUGGUUCUGAUAUCACCCCGCGCCAUGCAAGCCACCCGGGGGUCCACCACCGUCAGUGUGUUUGCGGACUGCAGCAUCCCGACUGGGCUCCGGAUAGGACCGGUGCCGAGCAUCUUCAAACUGGGAAAGUACGUGUCGGACCGCAAGGAAAUUGGACCCAAGAAAAAAAUCCGCUUGGUACGCGGAGAGUUUGUGGACGAGUCGGGCUGUCCUGUGCCAGACUGGAUCGGACUCAUCCGCGCCGCACGGAACAGCCAGGAACAAAACAUGGAGGCAGUGUCGGACUUACCUGGCGGACAGAUUUUCUACCGCGUCCUGAGAGAAAUCCCAGCAGGAGAGGAGCUCAGUGUCUGGUACUCCAACGCUCUUGCCCAGUGGUACGACAUCCCCACCACGGCCACUCCCACGCACGACGAAAAAGGUGAAGAGCGCUACAUCUGCUGGUACUGCUGGAGGAUAUUCAAAUACCCCAACACGCUGAAGGCCCACAUCCACUUCCACUGCGCUCUGAGCAACGGGCGGAGGUUUGUGAGCAGCGAGCAGGCCAGGGGUACCGAGUCCUUCAGCAGGUCGCCAAAAUCCGGAGACAUUCCUAACACCUCCAGUCACAGCUACUCAUCGGACUCCAACAGGCGGGCGGUGUCCUCCUCGCCCUUCCCGAGCAACAAAGGCCAACUGUCAAAGAAAGGCAGCUCCGAGGACCAGAACGGGGCGCUCGACAUGAGCGUAACGUCAGCCAGAAACCAGGGACACCUUUUCGGUCUGGGUCCCGCGUCUUCAGUGCUGGGCAACAUGGGCUUCCAUCCAGGCGUGCGCUCCGCCUUCAAGCCGACUGGAGUCUCCAAAGUUCAGGGCGCAGAGGCUACCAGAGAGGAGGCCAGCGGGAAGCUGAGUGGCCUCGGAAUCAGUAAGCUCAUCGGGAACAUGAAACCAAUUCGCAACCUGGGCGAGGGCCUGAACGGAGCCGGGAACCACCCUUCAAAGUGCGCACCGGCUAUCACGGACGCCACAUCUCAGAUGAUACCGUGCGCAAAUCCCAUUCGGGGCUUCCCGCUGCUGCCACACGUGGAGGAAACAUCGGCUUUCAAGCACGUCGAGAGCCGGAUGCACGCCGGCUUGUCGUCGUCCCGGUACUCCCAGAUGACCCCUGGUCUGCACUUUGAACGGUUCUCACUUCCGCACUUCGACGGCGUGAAGACAUACAGUGGAGACUGCAACAUCCCGCUGAUGCCCUUCACCGUUUAUAACGGGGAGCUUCUUUACAGCUCACCCUAUUACCCGCUAAAAUUCCACUUCAGCAACCUGCUUAAAUACCCAGACUCAAUGCCCUACUUUGGCGCACCCCCUCUGAGCCAGGACCUGGGCUCUAUCACAAACAUUGACCGGGAGAUCGCCAUGCACACGCAGCAGUUGUCAGAGAUUAGUGCGGAGAAGAACCGGGCGCGACUAGACUCCGUUCCCGCAGGGAGCACCGGCUCCACUAGUUCGGGCAAACCCAAAAAAGGCCACCUGUGUCUUUACUGCGGGAAGCUGUACUCCAGAAAGUACGGCUUGAAGAUCCACAUGAGGACUCACACGGGUUACAAGCCGCUCAAGUGUAAGGUGUGCUUCAGGCCCUUCGGGGACCCGAGCAACCUGAACAAACACAUCCGGCUCCACGCAGAGGGAAACACGCCCUACAGGUGUGACUUCUGCGGGAAGGUGCUUGUGCGGAGGCGGGACCUGGAGCGGCACGUCAAGUCCAGGCACCCCGGACAGACUCUGAAGAAGCUGGACGACAAACAGGGAGGCCCGUUCGAGGACGCUGACCACAAGAGCGAGAACGACAGCGAAGUGGACGUGUGCUUCACCGACGACCAGAGCGACCAGGAGUCGAGCAAAAACAAUGACUGAGUCGCUCCCUCGGCCACUGUCAGAGACUCAGUAUUUAAGGAAAAAAUAUGGUUUUGGUGUUGCAUGAACAUUUUAGCGAGUCACCAGAAGAAGUAAUAUUUGCAACAGAAAUGUCAUUUUUGAUCAUUUUUUUCCCCGUGACAUAUAAUCGAAAAAAUACAACCAUAAAUUUCAACAUAUUCAAAUCGAAAAUGCAAGAUUCUUAUUUAAAAUUUGUAUUUAUCAGUCUGUUUUUUCCCCGAAUGCCUUCAGCAGGCCUUUUGGAUUUAAGCUUCUCACCAUAUUAAUAAUAAAAAGAAUAAAUAAAAAGAAAUCCAACGUUUGCUUCAUGCAGAAGCCGUUUUCCUUUAUUUUCUUUGCCAAUCAUCAUAUCAACUUUUUAUUUCAACGAUACCAAAAACAUUGUUUUCUUUCAGACAGACGCUGAAUCCACCUGCGCGCAAAACAAACAGUAAUUGGUUCCAAUUCUUUUUAUUUCAAACUAUGAAAAACAAAACAAAAGAAACUGCCAAAGCUGAAUACGAGGCUUAAUUGUAAAGUUUGCUCCAUUUUUGCUGAGGAAAAUCCAUCUGAACUCAGUUUCUGGUUAAAGAUUAAAAUCCUGAUCCAAAAAUUACAAGCCCAAAGGCCCACAUUCAUUCGGAACCACUGUUUUUGAAAAUAAACGUGACUCCCAACUUAUUUUUUGUUGUGUUUAUCGUGAUUCCUAUCCUCUUUUUCCAUUUUAAACUGUUUUUGCACUUUAAAAACAAACCAUCUCCCCCGUUAAGCUGCAAAAUAAUUCUUAGGACCCGCUCCGUCGCCCAACCCUUUCUUUCCGAACAUGACUCUGUACUUAAAUUUGCACUUUUUUUUCGACCUGCUCUUCGGAAGCACCAGGCAGCUUCCAGUUUAUUUAAGGAUGUAUUACCAGAGAAAGAAAAUGUAGAUAUUGUUUGCGGUCAUAUGCGUUGUAAAGAAGCUGUAAAUGAUGAAGAUGAUGAUGAUAUUUCGCAUUCCGUUGGAGAAGUUGUGUAUGUGUGUUUAUACGUCAUGAUGUCUGAGAGGACAAUGAUACACUCCUAAUUAUUAAAUAGAUGUUUUUGUUUUUUUUGGAAUAAAUUAAAUUUAAAGCAUUA